AUGUCCUUUUGCUCGAGUUUGGCUCUGGUGCCCAAGAAGAGCACGCCAGGCUUCUCACAAAAGCACGCCAAGUGGUUCAAGGCCCAGGUCUGCACACAGCUCCUCGCGGCGAUGACUGACCCUGCCAACGACAAGAUUUUCAACGCAAAGCUGGGAAAACUUUUGCACCUUCCGCAUGCGCAGAGCAGCAGCACCCCUGAGCCUUCCACAUCCACGGUGACAGGCAAGAAGCGAAAGUCGCGGGGAGGUGCCAAUGCAAAGCCGAAGCCAAAGAAGGCUGCAAAGAUGAAGGCGGCUCCGAAGAAGAAGUCGGAGAAGGAUCCGAUUGCAGAAGACGAAGAAGACGAAGAAAUUGAAGAUGAAGAGGACGUCGAGGAGGAGAAUCUGAGUGAAGACUCCGUGGGCAGUGAUGACUAA